CACUUUCAGACGCGAGAAUAAACUUUGAGGAACUAUCUGUCCGACAAUAAUAGUGGCCAUCAAAAAUGGCAGCAUACACAUUACCGGAGGGAUUCUCCGAUUUUGACAUGUUUGCAUUCGGUUCAGCUCUUCUUGUUGGGGGUCUUGUCGGAUUCUUCCUGAACGCCGUUUCAAUAUUGGCCUAUAUUAGCGUAAAGCAAAUGCGAACUCCCAGUAAUUUCCUUGUCUUUAACCUCGCCGUGGCUGACAUUAUGCUCAAUACAACCGGCCUGAUCGCUGCAUACGCCAGCUUAUCGUACAGACACUGGCCCUGGGGUCAAGACGGAUGUAGCAACCACGCCGUCAUAGGGAUGACAGCAGUGCUGGCCUCCAUCAGUUUCCUGGCUACCAUCGCCUGGGACAGAUAUCACCAAUAUGUCACCAAUCAGAAGCUGUUUUGGAGCACGGCCUGGACUUUUUCUAUCAUUAUCUGGGGGUUGGCCAUCUUCUGGGCGGCCGUCCCUCUGACUGGAUGGGGAGUGUAUGACUUUGAGCCAAUGAGGACGUGCUGCACUCUAGACUACACCAAAGGAGACAAAGACUACAUUACCUAUAUGGGAGCCCUGACGGUCUUCUACCUCAUCUUCCCUGCUUAUGUCAUGAAGUCCAACUACGACGCCAUUUACGCAUACUUCAAGAAGAUCCACAAGCACAGGUGGAACACCAGCGUACCACUGAGGGUUCUGUUGUUCUGCUGGGGACCCUACGAAGUCAUGUGUAUCUACGCCUGCUUCGGCAACGCCAAACUGGUCUCUCCAAAGCUGAGAAUGUUGCUUCCUGUUUUGGCGAAAAUGAACCCUAUUUUCAAUGCUUGGCUCUAUUCCUUUGGGAACGAGUUCUACAGAGGAGGGGUGUGGCAGUUCCUGACUGGCCAGAAGUUUACAGAGCCCGUCGUUGUGAAGUUAAAAGGAAGAUAAAGGAAGUUAUUGUUAGUUACAGUCGUAUAUAUAGAACGGUCAGAGUUUCUAUUCCCAUUCUACUCAUUCAAAUUCUAUGGUUACAGUACCAUAAAUAGAAUUAGAAUGUUCCAUGUUCCAUCCUACUCAUUCUAAUUCUAUGGUUACAGUACCAUACAUAGAAUUAGAAUGUUCCAUGUUCCAUCCUACUCAUUCUAAUUCUAUGGUUACAGUACCAUACAUAGAAUUAGAAUGUUCCAUGUUCCAUUCUACUCAUUCUAAUUCUAUGGUUACAGUACCAUACAUAGAAUUAGAAUGUUCCAUGUUCCAUUCUACUCAUUCUAAUUCUAUGGUUACAGUACCAUACAUAGAAUUAGAAUGUUCCAUGUUCCAUUCUACUCAUUCUAAUUCUAUGGUUACAGUACCAUACAUAGAAUUAGAAUGUUCCAUGUUCCAUUCUACUCAUUCUAAUUCUAUGCUAAAGACCAUAUUCAAACAACAAAUCAUCAACAUACACUCUCAUUGCAGUAGGUUUCACAUUGGAAGAAUGCUAUCUGUACAAGGUUGUAAAGUAAAUAGGAAUUGUUUAUUUAGUUGGUUUGGGAUACCAUAUGCCAAUGUAGCUUGACAAUAGCGAUAUGGUGAUUGUCCAUUCAAACAGACUGUGGGGAGAGGCACCUGUUCUUAGGUUGAAUGAUGUAUCAUGAUUUACUAGAGAUGAAUGGCUAGACAUGAUUGACUAGACACUCAUUGACCUAUGUUUUAGUAGAAAUACCACAGUGCUCUUAAAAUGACAUGUUCAUGUUGAGUGAUUUUUUGAAGGAAGUAAAAACUAGUGUAAUCAACUUAAUAGUGGAUGAGACUGAAUGUUAGUGGAGUCAUGAUAAUGUAAAACAGAUUUUAUAUCCAAUAGCUUUACUUCUAGAACUUUCCCUGAUGUCCUCCUCUGAUCACUGUCAAUAAACGCAGCGAGGUGUGCUGCCAUGUGCUGCUCUUCAAUCUGA